GGAAACAUACGGUCUCAACGAGACUUGCACAGUGCGGAUGGCGAUGACAGGAAGGGGUGAGAUGGUUCCUGUGUCCUCGAUCUUUGCGGAGGCCUUUGAGAUGGACCACCAUCGAGAGGCACAAGCAGCCCUGGCCUUGCACGAGGCACGAACGCACUUCUUCCCUGGGGCACGCCCCAAGCACCGGCGGGAGACGCAGGAGCGGACCGUCGAGUUGAAGCAGCACAUGGCACGCACAGGUGACCAAGCCCGUCGAAUUCUUUGCAGCUUAUCCUUCCGCGCUUGGGCCCUGACCUUGGCGGAGGAGAAGCGUCAUGUGGCAGAGAUCAGCUGUUGUGCAGGCGUGGCCUUGGUGCGACGCUCUGGGCAUGCCAAGGCAUGUGAACGGCUUCUGACCUCGAAGCAACGCCUGGAAACAGAGUUGCAGAUGCUGCACUGCUUUCGGGCGUGGGCACAGUCCUGGGAACGAGGUGCAGUCAGCGAAACAAUCUGAGAAGAUCCAGGAGGUAUUUGUGCCCAUGCUAGCUGUGGAAAUCACACACGUGCGUAUGGCACAAGUGUGAAGCGAAGCUUGACUGAGUUCACCGCCAGACCCUUUGAUUUCAGAAAACGCACAUUCUCCCCUGUGCCGUGCAAUGUGCAACCAACAAGGAUCAACAAGGCUGUUAUUAUGACUAUUGUCGAC